AUGGACAGUGAGAAGCUUAUUUUAACAAAAAUGGCAGCUAUUUUGUUCAACUACACAUGCAUCGGCCCCGGGAUUGUGAGGAAAGAAGACAGAAGGUUCUAUUCAGCAGAGAUUAUUUGUGGCCUGCAAUACCUUUAUUCCAUCGGGAUUGUCCAUCGAGACCUCAAACCAGACAACAUCCUACUUGACCAAGAAGGCCACAUUAAAAUAGCUGACUUUGGUCUGGCAGCUUACAACAUGUUUGGCAAUAAAACCGCCAGAGGCCGAGCCGGAACACGAGGAUACAUGGCGCCGGAGGUGCUCCAAAUGAAGAAGUAUAAUGCUGCAGCCGACUGGUGGUCAUUGGGUGUCAUCAUCUACCAAAUGGCCACCCACACUCUCCCAUUUUAUGGCGGGCAAUCAGCAGUCAAUGACGAGCCAACAUUUUGA